AUGGUGUACGUAUGCGUGCAGGCGCUGGUGAACGUGGGGAGGGAGCUGAGCCUGGAGGUGUCCGGGCGUGUGUCCACCGAGGUGGAUCCUAGGCUGGCGCACAACACGGCCGCCAUGGUUGACAGGGUGCGCAACCUGGCAGAGCUGUACAAGGAGGUGGACGUGGGUGUGAACCGAGUGCUGUUCAAGCUGCCCGCCACGUGGGAGGGGAUUGAGGCGGCGAGGCAUCUGGAAGCAGAGGGCAUCAAGACGCACGUCACUGGCGUCGCCAGCUUCGCCCAGGUGUCAGCAUGUGCGCAGGCCAACGUGGCAGUCAUUCAAAUCCCCGUCGGCCGUAUCAAGGACUGGGCACGCACGCAUUCAGGCGACAAGGAAGUGGAAGCUGCAGCAGCCAAGGGCGAGGACCCUGGUGUCAGCCUGGUGCGCCGAGCGUGUGCGUUUAUUGCCCGCAACAACUUCCCCACCAAGGUCAUGGCAUCCAACAUCCGCAGCAAGGAGGACGCACUCAGCCUCCAUGGCACUGACUACCUGGUGGUGCCACUCAAGGUGAUGGAGGCUCUGAAAGACACUCCCGCCUCCCCUGACCUCAAACCUGCAGCACUCAGUUCAGCAGCUGACAAGGUCAAGCCUUGGGAUAUGGCGAGGUUCAUGGCCAAUAUCGGGCCCUGUGCCAGGCAGUUGCUGCAGGCUGAGAUUGAUUCUGCUGUGUCUCAGGCGGAGAAGGUUGACAAGCACUUCAAGAAGAUCUGGCCGCCCCCGAACGUUUCUGAAACAGAGCAAUACUUGUUCAAAUUCCAGAUCCCGUCUCUCCUUCCGUACGUACGUUUCCCUAUCCACGCCUCAGGUGCUUCCCAUUCUCACUCUCUCAAGCCCAUCCCAGCAGCUGCCGGCCACGCUUCAGCAUUCAGCAGCCAAGGGAAUACAGAGGGGAAGGAGGGAAAGAAGAGCAACGGAGCGGGGGACAGUCCGGUUGAGGGGGUGAGAGAGGGGGAGGGGGAGGGAGAGGAAAAGAGAGAGGUUGAGGGUGUGGGAAAGGAGGGCGAGGAGGUGGAAGAGGAGAUGGGGGAGAGCGUGGCAGCAGCGCGAGUGCGGGUGAGGCACGAGCUGUACGCGCCCAUCGAGCCGUAUCGGUCCGGCACACUGGCUGUGUCUGACGUGCAUACGGUCUACUGGGAAGAGAGCGGCAAUCCCAAAGGCCAGCCUGUCAUUUUCUUACAUGGAGGCCCAGGAGGCGGCACCUCCCCGGCCAACAGGCGGUUCUUUGACCCGACGUUCUUCCGCAUCAUCCUCCUGGACCAGCGGGGCGCGGGCAGGAGCACUCCCCAUGCCUGCUUGGAGGAGAAUACCACGUGGCACCUCGUGGAGGAUAUCGAGACGCUGAGGAAACACCUGGGUGUUGAUAAGUGGCUGGUGUUUGGAGGGUCAUGGGGUUCCACUCUCUCGCUCGUGUAUGCAGCCACUCAUCCAGACAGGGUAGCAGGCUUGAUUCUCCGGGGAAUCUUUCUGCUGAGAAGGAAGGAGGUGGAGUGGUUUUAUCAGAAGGGAGCUGAUUCCAUUUUCCCGGAUGCGUUUGACAAGUACCGCGAAUUCAUUCCCAAGGACGAGCAGCAAGAUUUGGUAACAGCCUACCACAAGAGACUUAUGAACGACUCCGACCCUGACCAGCAGGUGGCGGCAGCGCGGCACUGGACGGAGUGGGAGAUGGCCACCAGCUACCUCCUUCCCAACGAGGACUCCCUCAAACGAGGCGAGGACGAUAAAUUCGCUCUGGCAUUCGCGCGCAUAGAGAGCCACUACUUUGUGAACAAAGGCUUCCUGCCGGCUGACUCCUUCCUGCUUGACUCAGUGCCCAAGUUCAGACACAUCCCAGCUGUCAUCGUUCAGGGUCGGUAUGACGUGGUUUGCCCAAUUGUGUCGGCUUGGGAGCUCCACAAGGCUUGGCCCGAAGCUGAGUUCAAGAUUGUUCCAGACGCCGGGCAUUCGGCCAAUGAGAAGGGAAUCAGCGAACAACUUGUAGCAGCGAUGGAGUCUUUCAAGCUUAAGCUCUCAAGAUGA